GGAAUAUGAUCCCGAAAGUCAGACCCGACUAAUAUAUUAUACUGUUGUUACCCUCAAAGAGUUUGCAGAAGCAAAUAUUAGUUUCGCGUGUUUCCUUAUAACAAAGUUUCACUGCGGCAAUGGAAGAAUCUCUUCGUCUAUAUUUAAACACCAAGAAAUUCUGAAAAGGGAAAGGAAGAUCUUUUUUGUUGGAAAAGGGGGGAGAACAAUGGCAAGAAGAACUACUACUUGUGCAAUAUGUGAGAAUCCAAAUCUUGCCUCUAUAUGCCCACUUUGUGUAAAUUACAGGUUAAACGAGUACAGUGUAUCUUUGAAAUCAUUGAAGAGUGUCCGUAAUAGUUUGCAUAUGAGACUGAGUGCCCAGCUUGUUGCAAAGAGUAAAGCAGAUGACCAAUACAGCUGGAGAGUGCUUCAGAAUGAGAAACUUGCAAAGCUGAGGGAGAAGCUUCGUCUUAAACAAAAGCAACUUUUACAAGGAAAGGCUACUCUUGAAAGUAUGACUAAUGAUUUGAAUCUUAGACAUGGGUUGCUUGAUUCUGUCAUGCUUACGUUGCAAAGAAAUCGUGUGGAACAGCUGGAAAAGUUUUACCCCAAUCUUAUAUGCACACAGAGCUUAGGACAUAUGGCAAUUACCUCUGAACGUCUUCAUAAACAAUCCGUGGUUAUAAAACAGAUCUGCAAACUAUUCCCACAACGUCGGGUCAAUAUGGACGGCGAGAAAAAAGAUGGCUUUAGUGGCCCGUAUGAUCAAAUUUGCAAUGCACGUCUACCUAGAGGACUGGAUCCCCAUUCUGUUUCGUCGGAAGAGCUUGCAGCUUCUCUAGGAUACAUGGUGCAACUUCUAGAUCUAGUUGUACCGGCCUUGGCCGCGCCUGCACUUCAUAACUCAGGGUUUGCAGGUUCAACCUCGCGUAUAUGGCAACGGGAUUCAUAUUGGGAUAAACAUCCAUCUUCUCAAAGCAAUGAGUAUCCUCUUUUUAUUCCACGCCCAAAUUGUUGCUCGACAAGUGGGGAAAACGAAUGGGCUGAUAAAAACUCGAGUAACUAUGGUGUUGCUUCGAUGGAAUCCGUGAAGAAGCCACAUCUGGAUGCUUUUGGAAGCUCUAGCUUUAACUUCUCUUCUGCAUCUCCACAUUCACUUGAAACCCAUAAGGAUCUGCAGAAAGGCAUAUCACUUCUGAAGAAAAGUGUAGCAUGCAUUACAGCAUACUGUUACAAUUCUCUGUGUUUAGAUAUUCCAUCUGAAGCCUCUACUUUUGAAGCACUCACUAAGUUGUUGGGAACUCUAUCUUCUUCAAAGGAAGUUAGAUCAGUCUUAUCUUUGAAAAUGGCAUGUUCGAGAUCCUGCAAGCAAGUUCAACAGUUAAACAAAUCUGUGUGGCAUGUCAAUUCGGGUUCAUCCAGCACGUUACUAGAGAGUGGACACGUGACACCAGUAGUGCGGGGUGCAGGUGGACUAAACCUUUCAAAUUCUGCAGCUAGUUAUCUUUACGCUAAUGAGGUACCCGACAAUGGAAAACCCGAUAGCCUUGUUGAAGGAUGGGAUAUCGUAGAGCAUCCAAAAUUCCCCCCUCCACCAUCACAGACUGAGGACAUCGAACACUGGACUCGUGCCAUGUUCGUUGACGCGAAAAGGAGAUAAUCUGCUAAUGAUUUCAAGGGCGUGACAUCUUGAAAGGUUUUCAGCAUUAUUUCACCCGCUCUCUCUGUCUCUGUGGAUAUGGUUUUUGCUUGUAUAGAGUGUCAAAUUCAGUCUGUUGUGCUCAAAUGUUGUGUAAAUAUUAAGUUAUACAUCUUAUCAAUUAUUCCAUUCUCACAUCCUGAGCAAUCUGCUGUAUUUGGACUAAUUCAUGUGUGCCAAAAUUUCGGAGGAUUUUCUCUUGGAAAUUCUUAAAUCUUGGUGAUUUUAGAUUUU